AUGUUCAACCCCGGUUUCUACGACGAGGACGAUCCGAUGGCCAUGUAUCAGCAGCUCCGCCGCGGCGGUGCACCCCGACGCUUCGAUGAAUACUUCCGGUGCUACCCCAUCGCUAUGCUUCCCGGUCCGGAUCGCGAGGAUGCGAACCAUGGCGGCAAAGUGUUCCUUCCGCCGAGCGCUCUGGACAAGCUCACAAGGUUGCACAUUACGUACCCUAUGCUCUUCGAACUCAUAAAUGGUGCAAAAGACGGAAGGAAAACGCAUGCUGGUGUGCUGGAGUUUAUAGCGGAGGAGGGCAAGAUCUAUCUGCCUUAUUGGCUGAUGCAGACGCUACUAUUGGAGCCUGGCGACUUAAUCCAGGUCAAAUCCACAGAUCUGCCUCUGGGCACCUUCAUCAAGCUACAGCCACAAGACUCUUCCUUUCUCGAGAUCUCAGACCCUAAGGCGGUGUUGGAGAAUGCGUUUAGAAAUUUCUCAUGCCUCACCAAAGGCGACGUCUUCACCUUCGCCUACAACGACAACCAGUACGCCAUCGAGGUCCUCGAGACGAAGCCACCACACGCCAGCAACGCAAUAUGUACCCUCGAAACGGAUCUGUCAGUCGACUUUGCACCACCAGUAGGUUACGAGGAGCCCAAGCGGGCGAGCGGAACGAGCACACCGCGCAGCGGCAAGGGCGUCAUGGCAGGUAAAGGAGGAACACUACAUUCGCACGGUACCAUGGCACAGGCUAUAAACUACGCCGCCAUCGCUCCCUCGGCGACAACUGCAGCCGCUGGCGCGAAAGCAACGUCAUCGAAUUUUUUGACGUCAGGCCACAAGCUGAACUCUAAGAAAGGCAGCAAGGCGCCUACCCCUCAGGCCUCCACACCCGUCGCGGGCCAGUCGACUAAUGCUCCACCACCAACGGUUCGACGGACGAACGGUCCCCAACCGCUUCGGUUACCGCCGGGAAAGCUGUUCUUUGGGUAUGAGGUCAAGCCGGUGAAGGGCAAAGAGGGUGAUGAGAAGAAGGAUGAGUCGAAGCACUUCGAAGGAUCAGGUCAGACGCUCCGGAAAAAGAAAGACAACAAAUAG